AUGAAGACAUGUUAUUAUGAGUUAUUAGGCGUUGAUGUGACGGCCACAGAUCUGGAAUUGAAAAAGGCAUAUAGGAAAAAGGCAUUACAGUUCCAUCCAGACAAGAACCCUGACAAUGUGGAUGAAGCCACUGAAAUAUUUGCAACUAUCAGGUCGGCAUAUGAGGUACUAUCAGACCCUCAGGAGAGAGCGUGGUAUGAUGCUCACAAGGAACAGAUAUUAAGUGAUGCACCCAUCGGCACACAAGAGGAAGGAUAUGAUGAAAAUGAAGUGGAUUCCAUGGUUACUGGUGUCACUACAGAUGAAUUAUUGAUGUUUUUCAACUCUUCUUUAUAUACAAAAUUGAACGAUUCCCCUGCGGGAUUAUACCAAAUUGCCGGGAAGAUAUUUGCCAAAUUGGCUAUGGACGAAAUUAUUUGUGGUAGACGACUUGGAAUGAAGAAUUUUGAUUUUUAUCAGGAUGAGUAUUUUGAAAAUGAUAUAAAUGAAAGUGGGUAUAUGAAAGCUUGUGAUAAGCAUGGAUUCAAUGUGGAUGACUCAAGUUAUUUAUUUCCUGCAUUUGGGUAUUCUAAAACGAGUUACGAGUAUUUGAAGUUUUUUUAUAAAAAAUGGGCUGGAUUCAAUACUUUGAAGAGUUUUAGUUGGAAGGAUGAAUACUUAUAUUCUAGGACAUAUGAUAGAAGGACAAAGAGAGAAAUUAAUAAAAGGAAUGAAAAGGCGAGACAACAGGCAAGAAACGAGUAUAAUAAGACAGUGAAGAGAUUUGCCACAUUCAUUAAAAAAAUUGAUCAGAGGAUGAAAGAUGGAGCCAAGAAGGCGGAAGAAGAGAAAAAGUUAAAGAAUGAGUUAAGAAGGCAGCAAUUAGAUGCUAUGAAGAAGAACAGAACAAAUGGAAAUCAAGUUGAACAACCCUCUGAUUUCGAGUUGCAAAGCUGGCAAGCAGUGGAUGAAGAUUGGGAUGAAAUCGAAAAACGAUAUGCUCGUGCUGAUGAAAUUACCGAGGAGGAUUUGCUUACUGCAUCAAAGAUACCUAUUAAUGAUGAUGAAAUUAUAAUAUAUGAAUGUUUCAUUUGCAGUAAAAAUUUUAAAUCUGAGAAGCAAUAUGAAAAUCAUGUGAAUACGAAAUUGCAUAAAAGGCGACUAAAUGAAAUUGAAAAAGAAAUUAAAAAGGAGCACAUGGAGUUCGGAUUGGAUAAUCUUUCUGAUUUGGAUGAAUUUAGUUCAGCAGCCGAAAGUGUAAAUGGGCAGGAACAAGAUGAACUAGCGGAGAAAGUGAUGACUGAUAAUAUAAAUGUGGCAGAUCUUGAUUUAGACAAACUUAACGAAGAAUUAGCCGAGAUUGAAAGACAGUUAGCCGAGGCAACUUCUGGAUCCGAUACAGAAGAUGAAAUUGAGGUCGAAAUUGAUGAUGUUUCCAGUGUUGAAAGUCCUGACGUAACAGAAGAAAAACAAAACAAGGAGGGAAAGGUUAAAAACGAGCCACCCAAAAUAGAGGAAGAAAGUGAAGAAGAGGAGCAAAUUGAUGAGUUGACUCAAAUUUUGGCGUCAUUGAAUGAGAAGAAAUUUGAAGACAGCGACAGUGAUGAUGACUGGAGUGUUGGGAACAAGAAAAAGAAGAAGGGAAGAAAAGGAAACAACAAGAAGGGCAAACCAUCAAGUUCCACAGUAUCCUCCAGAGAUCAUACAGGAGUAGUAACUCCUGAACCCACGCCGAUACCUACAGAUGGUGAGAUAUGUAGUACAUGUGGACAACUCUUUGACAGUCGGAACAAACUGUUCAAACAUGUCAAGGCCUCGGGUCACGCAGCACCUCCAUCCAAGGUAAGAAAGUCCAAGAAUAAAAGGAAGUAG